AGUUAGCAUUCUUCUUCGUGGAGUCGAUUUGAAAGCAUCUUCCAUCUCAAUUCACCUGUCUUGUGCAACAUACUUCCUGUAUUUUUGUUAUUCGUUCGUUGAACUCUUUAGUUGUGAUCCUUCUAAUUGUCUUUCUUACCCAUUCAUAUAUCUUAAAGAACGCUUCGCAGUUGAGAAUUUAUUCUUUUAUCUAGGAACAUACCUGUAUAUUUGUGUUAUAUCCGUUUGUUGGACUUUUGAGCUGUUAGGAGUCACAGUUUGCUCUAAGGACUUUUCAAUUUCGCCACCCCUGCAUUAUUCAAUCAUGCCCAAGGUUAAGCCAGGCAAAAAGUUAAGUCAGAGGAAGUCUACUCGUCGUUCGGUCCGAGAUGCCGCCAGCCAGCCUUCUCCUGUCGACCUCGAGACAGACGUCGGCCAAGUUUUUACUUCUACGCAGAGCCCAGCUGCUGGAAGUUCGGCGUCGACAACCAACGAUGGACAGGUUUCGCAGGUUAGCACCAGGCGCAGAUCUGGCUGGCAGCAAGCUUCCCGCCCAUCUUUGGAGCAGCUUCAUAUAGAGAGAGAGCAUCUGUUGUUUUCUUCGCGGGCGCCCGGCACUCAUCAUACUUAUAGGAACGCUUGGUCUGUGUUUAAGCAGUUUCGGCUGCAAUAUCAUUAUGAUAUAAGUAUACGUCCUGACGUUGAGCAGGUCGCUCAAUUUAUUGCUUAUCUCUCCUGGAAUGGGUAUGCGGGGGCAACAAUAAGUACAUAUAUAUCAGGCCUGGCUUUUACGAUGCAAACAUUGGGUUGGCCUGAUGUGACUGACGCGUUUGUAAUCCGGCGGCUGGUAGACGGGUGCAGGCGGAAAAAUGCUCGCCGUGAUACCCGGUGUCCCAUAACCCUGCCUAUUCUCAAAUCCAUCCUAAAUUCAUUGACUCACGUAUGCGUUAAUACGUAUGAUCUGGCAUUGUUUCGGGCUGCCUUUCUAAUCGCUUUCUUUGGUUUUCUUCGAGUAGGGGAGUUCACGUCUCGAUCUAGACAUGAACUCGUUCCUUUAUCAGAAAAAGAUGUUAUUAUUCAAGGGAUGGGUAAUCAAGCAAAAUUGCGCAUUGUGAUUGCGAGGUCUAAAACAGAUCAAACUGGACGUGGAUGCUCGAUUUUAAUUCCACAGAAUGUUGUUUCGUAUUUAUGCCCACUUCGCGCUGUAAAUGAUUACCUCGCUCUGCGGAGCUCGGUCGGCUCUGCCUUUUUCCGUCACUUUGACUCGUCACCCCUAACGAGGCACCAAUUUGGCCAAGUUUUAAAGCGUGCCAUUAGUUUUUGCGGGCUACCCGUUGCUCAUUUCUCUUCCCAUUCUUUCCGUAUUGGGGCGGCAACUUCUGCAGCCAUGGCAGGUGUUCCCGAUGUUUGCAUUCAAAAUAUGGGGCGCUGGGCUUCCAACACACACAGAUUGUAUAUUCGACAACCUCUCCCCCCUUAAUUUAAGCAAUUUUGCCAGUAUGUUUAUCACCCUUCUAUGUUCAAUACCAGUUUGUGCACAAUUUAAUAUCGAC